UCUUUCUCUGUCAGUGCAUACAUUUUCUCUACUUCCUCCUUUUGGAGUGGCUGGGCUGAAUACCAGAACACAGGAUAUGCUUGACAGUGCUCUCAGUUCCACAGCAGCAGCAGCGGCCGUGAGGACGACACGCUCUGCAGUCGAGAUGAGUGCUGGCGAUGUGGUCUGCACCGGCUGGCUCAUCAAAUCUCCUCCUGAGAAGAAAUUAAAGAGAUUUGCGUGGAGAAAACGCUGGUUUGUGCUUCGAAGAGGUCGCAUGAGCGGCAAUCCCGAUGUGCUGGAGUACUACCAAAGUAACAACUCCAAAAAGCCGAUCCGCACCAUCGACCUGAGGGAGUGUGAGGUGGAAAUGCUGAACGGGCAGCUCCGGAUAAAGCGAGACUUCCACGGGAAGCACCUCUUUGUGGUCAAGACCUCAUUUCGGGUUUUUUACCUGGUGGCCAAAACUGAGGAGGAGAUGAACAGCUGGAUCAGCAGCAUCAGUCAAAUUUGCCAGUUUGCAAGCCUGGAGGAUGCAGAGAGUUCAGAAGAAGGCUCUCCUCACACCCCCACAUCAACUCAUCCGUCUCCCGACAGCUCCGACCGAGUGUCCCUUUCCAGCCACUCCGAUUCCAGUCACCCGCUGGACUACCUCUUCCUCUCACAGUGCGAGACGGGGAGUGUAAGCACUUGUAGACAUGACAGCUUUUCAAACUCGGAGAUCUCUCUGGAGCAGAAGUCAUCGGAAGACGCCUUCAAGGACGUCGUCCCCUCGCCUCUUUACAACGGGUCCUUGGGAUCCUCCAGCUUUCAUGCCAGCCACAGCCCCUCUCUUCUCCUCCAUGGAAGGUGCGCCAACCCUCCCUUCAGCGCCCCGUGCACGUCCGUGGCUCUGCCGUCCUCCUCGUCCUCCCCGGUGGGUCACUGUGCCCAAAGUGUGUUCCGGUUCGACAAACCUUAUUCUCCGGCGUCUUGCGAGGCCACGAGUGACAGACAGACGCCUCCUGCGCUGCCUCCCAAGUCUAAUCACCUGUCAGAGCAGCUAAGUGAUGACGCAGCUCACAGGCCGAGGGCAACGGGCGCACAGCAUUUCUCAAACCACGCUGCGGGAUUUCUCCGGAGGACCUCUCUGACAAGCCUGGAUCAUUUCAGAAUUGCAAAUGCUCAUAGCAGAGCAAUGACGAACAGGAGGCAGAGUCUUAAUCUGCCUUGUGUAAAUACCGCCCAAGUUCAAAGCUUCCAGGACGAGUCGUAUGUGCCAAUGACUUCCCCGACUCCCUCAGUCAGCGGCAUUGAUGGUGAUGGCUACAUCCCCAUGAGCCCCAGGACAUUCGCUUUUUCUAGUACAAACUGCAACGGCGAGUCCCCCGCGACGCUGGGACCCCUGACGUGUCUACCUGGGGAUCUUGCGCCGCCUCCGGUUCACAGGCAUCUCAAGCCUCGCCUGAGGAGAACUCGACCUCCACCUCUUGACUUGAGAGGCCUCUCUACAAUCACUGAGUGUCCAACUCAUCUUCUUUUGAGCACAGCAAUGAAUGAAUCCUGCUUUUCAGUAAACUGUGUACCCCCUGAAAGAAGAAUGGAGAAUGAGAACAAUCCAAAAGAUGAAGGCACAAACUGCACUGCAAUGGAGUCCAGGCAUGAUGCAAUGGCUCAGCCAUCGACGAGAAGAUCCAACCUGGACUAUUUGUCACUGGAUUUCAAUUCUGCGUCCCCGUCUCCUGUACAGACGCAGAAGCCCUAUCUGUCGGAUGAGUACAGAGUCGAUUACGUGCAGGUGGAUGAGAAGAAGACUCAGGCGCUGCAAAGCACAAAAAUGGAGUGGUCCGAUGUCCGGCAGUCUAAAACAUAAAUGGAGCUAAUAUGCUUUCCCUUUCUGCUCAUUCUGUGACCCAUGCUGAAGAUGUUUUUCACUGGUUUUGGUGCUGUCAUUACUCCCAAGAGAUGUCAUAGACAUACCAAAAAAGCUUGAAAAUGUUAACUUUAAUUAUACUGAUUUUGAGAGAUAACUUUUUUUUGCGACAAAACAACAUCAAUAGCACCACAAUUCAAAAUGCAAUGGAGGAAAACCAUCAUCAUAUGUUGUCAUGAACACUGUCAACGUUUUUUAGAAAUUUUUUAUUUAUUGUGUUUUGGUUAUUUAUUUAAUUCUAUAAUGUCUUUUCUCUAUGUCUCCCCCCACUGGCGUUUUCUAUGUCUGUGCGCUGUUAACUAAUAAUACACUUUAUAUUUUUGAUAACGUA